GGCAAAGUAGACGUGAGGAUCAGUAGAACUUAACUUAGACAGAAUAAAUUUCAAGAGAAGUAAAGAAGUAGAAAUGAAGCUGAAUUUUAUUCCAAGAUGAAGAUCCUCCUCCUCAUCCUCAUCCUCUACCUGAUCUCAGGUCCAGUAGACUGCUCUGAUGUGAUUGGUUACUCAGGUGGAAGUGUCAUUGCUAUCUCUGAUAUAAACUGGUACAAACACGAUAACAAAUAUAUCUGCAAAGUGAAUGAAAAAGACUGCACUGAUAUAAUACGUGUUGACACCAAACGCCACCAAGUUCAAGAAGGAAGAUUCCUGUUGUAUUCAAACACAGACAAAAAAUUCUUAGUAUUGAUCAGAAAGCUGAAGCCACAAGAUGCUGGAAUGUAUAGAUUUGGACUGGGGGAUCAGAGCAACUUGACCAUGAACCUAAAAAUUUAUAAUAAUACAUUUUCUGGUUUGCCCAAAAUAAUAAAUGCUUAUCUUGGGCAGAAUAUUACCAUCACCUGUAACUAUACAGAGGAGUAUGAGAGAAACACCAAAUAUGUCAACACAGUGGAUGAUGACACAAAAAUUGGACCAAUUCUUGAUACUAACACAAAAUUUCAGAACGACAGAUUCUCUAUUUCUGAUAACAGAAGUGCUAAAGUUCUCAGUGUGAACAUCAGCUAUGUGAGAGAAACUGAUGAAGUAUUUUAUUUAUUUGGUGUGUGGAAUGGAGACGGAUCAGUCAGAUAUUACACCUACUUUACACAGGUGUGGCUACAUGUUACAGAACUGAGAACAAAAACUCCCACAACAACAGACACCGACCUGAUGACCUCAGCAGCAGUGUGUUUCACUUCUUCUAUCAUCAUCAUCAUCAUCAUCAUGCUGCUGAUUGGAGGAUGUGGGCUAAUGAUCUACAAAGUGAGAAAGAAGAGAGCACAAGAUAAUACAGCUUCAUUCAAGAGAAAAGAGAAUAAACAACUUACUCCUGAUUAUAACACAGAUUCAGCUUCUGUGUAUGAAAACAUCAAAACGAGUGCAAUUUAAAACUGCACCAGAGAAAGAAUCAGUCAGAACCUCCUGCUCGAGCUGCUGAACUCUGUUGGGCUUAAUGUUCUGAGCUGCAUCAUAGUGGCUCAAAUCUCAAUUAUGUACUGUCUCUCUUUACUUCAUUAUGGUACUGUUAUCUACUGUGUGUGUGUCUGUCUGUCUGUGUGUCUGUCUGCCUUUGUUUUGUUACAUUUAAAGUUAAUUGUGAGUACAGCGCACAAUUUUUCUUAUGUUCAUGUAUUCUCCUAUAAUUGAUUUGAUAAGAUUAAUAUUGCUUGUUUUGAAAAUUCGAAAAUUCAACAGCGAGAGAUAGUUUCAGUCAUAUGUAAUCACAGCUUUGCAGCUGCAGGAAGUUAACUGCAACCAUAUAACCUUAUAUAGAAUUGUUAACCUUAAAGAUGAG